AUGGAGCAACUCAAGAAUGCUAACCUUGAAGACAAAACCACCAACUCCUCCCUUAUUUUCAACCAACUACCCGAUGAUCAUUUUCCCAAACAAUACAUUUGGCCCAAAAAUGAUAACGAUAUCGUAACCGAAGUGCUAGAUGCACCGAUAAUAGACCUACAAGGAUUUUUUACGCAUGAUGAACAAGCUAUAGCUAAUGCAGCCAACCUUGUGAAGGAAUCAUGCAUGAGCCAUGGUCUUUUUCAAGUUGUUAACCAUGGCAUUGAUCUCGAACUUCUCGCGUUGGUUGAUAAGCACGGUCGUGCUUUCUUUAAUCUUCCAAUAGCCGAGAAAAUGAAGUGCAAGAAGAAAGAGGGGAUCAUGCUUGGUUUCACCAAUGCACAUGCUCAUCGGUUUUCUGAAAAACUGUAUUGGAAAGAGAUGUUAAGUUUCGUGUAUCAUGAGAAUGGUCCUGAAGAAGUUGUUGUGGAUUUUUUCAAUUCAACGUUAGGCGACCAAUACAAAGAAACCGGCUUGAUCUACCAAAAGUGUUGUCAAUCAAUGAGGAAAUUAGCUCUUGACCUUAUGGAGUUGUUGGCGAUUAGCUUGGGUGUCGAUGGGCAAAACUACUUCAAAAAGUUAUACGAAGACUGCGUUUCACUGGAGAGAUACAACUAUUAUCCUAAGUGUAACCAGCCUAACCUAACGCAAGGGGUUGGACCUCAUCGUGAUCCGAACACAAUAACUAUACUUUUUCAAGAUCAAGUUGGAGGACUGGAAGUGGUUACGGAUAACAAAUGGAAAUCAGUUACACCCAUUCCUGAUGCAUUGGUCGUCAACAUCGGUGACACUUUCAAGGCACUAUCAAAUGGGAAAUACUACUUGAGCUGCCUGCAUCGUGUAGCAGUGAAUAGGUUCGAACCAAGGCUAUCGGUGGCAUUCUUCUUGUCCCCAAAAGGAGAUAAAGAAGUAAAACCACCACAAGAUUUAGUCAACAAAGAUGGAAAGCAAGAAUACCCCGAUUUCAAAUGGGAACAAUUUCUCUACUUUACUCUAACAAAACAAAGGAUUGACGAGAAUACCUUUGAAGAGUUUACCAAAUGGCUCACAUAUUCCAAAAAUCCCCGAUACAUAAGUGUUUGGAAGUAA